CCGGCGCACGGUAAUCGCGUCUCCGAUACUAGCUCCAGAGAGUGGCUCCAUGUAGUGACGUCACGGGAUGUUGACAGCUGGGAACCGGGGAGCGGAAGAAUGAGCUGCACAAUAGAAAAGGUGCUGAUGGAUGCAAAGGCCCUGGUGGAGAGGCUGCGAGAUCACGACGGUGCCGCCGAGGCGCUCAUUGAGCAAACAAUGGUGCUGAAUAAGCGCGUGGAAGCCAUGAAGCAGUACCAGGAGGAGAUUCAGGAGCUGAACGAAGUAGCCAGGCAUCGGCCGCGAUCUACGCUGGUACUGGGUAUCCAGCAGGAGAACCGGCAAAUCAGGGAACUGCAGCAGGAGAAUAAGGAGUUGCGCACGUCCCUGGAGGAGCACCAGUCUGCUCUGGAGCUGAUCAUGAGUAAGUACCGCGAGCAGAUGUUUCGCUUGUUGAUGGCCAGCAAGAAGGACGACCCUGGGAUCGUCACGAAGCUGAAGGAGCAGCAUUCUAAGGACUUACAGCUUCACGUGGAGAAGAUCAGCGAGAUGACGGCGGUGAUGAGACGGGCUGUAGAGAUAGACGAGCAGCAGGGAAACGAAGAGUACGACCGGAUAGUAAAACUGGAGCAAGAGAACAAGCGCUUACGUGAAAUCCUUCAGAUAACACGAGAGUCUUUCGUGAAACUUCAGAGAGAUGAGACAUCAGAGAACCUGCCGGUGGCUGCGCUGAUCCACGGCGCUGAUCUGAGCCUCCGGAAAAGCUGAUGUGGAACGGCGCGUUUUGAGUCUGCGUCACUUUGAAAGGGUUGGAGUGUCAACAUCCAUUGCGAGAGGGGGACAGGAUCCUUAAACGCUCGCCCUCGCUUUGGCGUUAGAUGUGGAACUCUGGAAAACUGACUGCAAACACCACUGAAAACAAUCAACCAGACCUAAAAAAAACUAAUAGAUUUUUUACCCAGGAUUACUUGAAAUCUCCAAAGUUGUUAUGCGUGAAAAAUACAAAAAUACGAAGGCAUCGUGAAUAUUUUUACUGCGUAGAUGAAACUGUCCGGGUGUCUGCAGGACGUCGUUUUCCUUCAUUCCUCGAAAGUCUUCAGUUAUAUUUUAAGACUAUUUAAAAGGUGCAAACGUGUUUUCCUAGUUGGUGUAAAAUCCUUCGGUGCGCUCGGUCUGGUGAAAGCUGAAUUACUCUGAGUAUUAAGACAGCAUUUAUAAGCUCCUCGGGCAGGGGUAACAUUAAAAUGAUUUAUCUCA